AAUCAUAUUCGUUUAUUCACUCAUCAAUCUCAAUGAAACAAGAAACAUAAGACAAUAGAAUCACGAAGACUCGUCACCGAAAUCGCCACUAGAUACAACAGAUCUUUUCACAGUUUUCUUUGUCUCAGAACUUGAAGCACUGUCACUGUCACUAUCAUCAUCAAUAGUAGUUUUCUUGUUUGUCCUUUUGCGUGUUUCUGUGGAAGAUUCAUCUUCAACUGGAACUUCUUUGAUCUCUCUUGUUUUGACAAUUUUUUUGCGUUGCGUUGUUUCUUUAACAUCUUCUUGACCCGGAUCUAUGAUUACUUCUCUUUUAAUAGUUCUUGAACUUUCACUACCACUAUCUAUUUCUCCACGGAUUUUACCUCCAUCUAUUUUGGAGCUGAUUAUACCACGCGGUAAACGACCUAAUCGUCUCGCUAAUAAAAUAUCGCGUACAUUUCGUAAACCGUCACCACCAAUCACUAAACCUCCUUUGAUUCCUACUCCACUACCAAGACCUAGACCCGCUUUGAUUCCUGCUCCACGACCAAGACCUAGUUCUGCUUUGAUUCCUGAUCCACUACCAAGACCUAGACCCGCUUGGAUUCCUGCUCCACGACCAAGACCUAGUUCUGCUUUGAUUCCUGCUCCACUACCAACAUCUAGACCUGCUUUGAUACCCCCGUCACCACCAACUCCUGUGCCUUCAGAGGCGGCAUCUAGAAAGGCAAAAUCAUAAUGAAUACGAUAAUUAAUGUCACUUGAGUAAUGUGUUGAAGUGAAAAAAUAAAAAUAAACAAGUUAAUUAAUUGGGCUUUCUCUUCACCUACCUCCAGUUUGAAAGAAGAGACAUGUCGAGCAAAUCGUUAUGAAUAAUAUCUAUUAAAAAUUAUCAUGAAAAAGAG